UAUGGGUCAGGACUACGACGACCCCAUCGAUGAUGACGACAAUAUGGAGGCAAUGGAUCAGAUGGACGACGAGAACGUGGAUGUGUUGGCCGCCACUCAACACACACCGCAAGUGAACGCCAAACGCAUUACCACUCCUUAUAUGACUAAAUACGAGAGGGCGAGGGUUUUGGGCACAAGAGCUCUGCAGAUAGCGAUGUGCGCACCCGUUAUGGUCGAACUCGAGGGCGAAACGGAUCCGCUCCAGAUCGCCAUGAAAGAGCUCAAAGCCCGAAAGAUACCGAUUAUUAUCCGCCGAUACUUACCGGACGGCAGUUACGAAGACUGGGGUAUCGAUGAACUCAUUAUCACUGAUUAACUGAUUCCUUACCACACAAUCGUGUCAUUUAUCUUCAAAAUAAAAUCUUUAUUUCAUUAA